AUGGUUGCAGUCCAUGCCGACUGCUAUACCUUGUUCGAGGCCGAGUGCCAGACAGAGGACAGGCUCAAACGCUUGUGGGUGGCGAUCCGAGCUCGGAAACCCUGGGCCAAUGCGUUGAGUCUACAGAUCGCGCCACCUAAAGCUGAUUCGAAGGUCGUGUCCCAAGUGUACCACUGGGCAACAGCCUGUGGAAUUCCAGGGCUGAAGUUGCUGCCACCCGAGAUCAUCCGCAUGAUAGCCGACUUCUCAGAGGGGGCAGCCUUCUUCCGUUGCAUUGCUGCUGUACGACUUGGCAGGGAGUUGAAAGCGGCACCACAGACACUGCCCUUAUCAAUGGCGGUACCUCUCAGGAACGUUUUGUCGUGGACUCGCGGAGAAAUGCCAAAAAUAUCACCAUCCAGGUCAUCAUCAUCAUCAUCAUCGACGAACGAGUUGUCAUUCACUCGCUUGACCUACGACCGCCGUGGCAUUCGCCGCAUCGAAAAUUCAUCAGAAAGAGAAACAGGUCAAAGGAGAAGACGAACAGGUACGGAAGCAUACACCGUAGUGAAACUCAUUCCAGGCGAAGAAGUCCUGGCAGCGUUCGAGUAUGGUAUCUUGCGCCUCAAAUAUUCCAGCCAUGUCUACAAUUUCUACAUUUGGGACAUACCAGAUCAUCCCGAUAUCAACUGCCUCGCGCGCCCCCUCGGCCAAGAAGCACGGCUACGAACCAUCGAUCUGCAAAAGAUCACGGGUCUCACCUUUUUCUACAACCAAGUUGGCCGCUUAUACUGGAUUCAUGGGCAUACAACGACCGAAGUGACUGCUAAGAACGCAUUUGACAAAGUCCACAAAGUGGUUAAAUCAUCUUUGUGUUGGACCUAUGUUCCUAUAGCCAAGGGUGAUAGAAUCACUGCGAUUGGGUUGCGUCUCCGCUCCCGAGGCUCUACUGCCACUGAUUUCUCAACAUCACAGCCUGCAUUUGUGUUUCGUACACAAUUGGCUGGCGAUUUUGCAAUUGGGCCCCAGCAUGAUCACUACGUAGACCACGUCGCGAGUGACUUGUCGCCGAGCUUACUGAUCUACAAAUCAAUGCCAUCCUUGGAAGUCAGCGACGUCGGAGCGCACCCCCCUUCUGAGCCCGGCGGUAGCUCCUCUGUUCAGUUUCGUCCCUUAUGGGCGGAUAAACCCGCGUGGGACAAUCCUGGAUCCCAAUACUUCUCUGCGGCCCCCCUUGGUGGCGUCACUAGAAUGCAGAUUUUUCAAGUCGAGGAAUGUUAUUUUUGGGACUCUCUAAUCUUCUCAGGUAUCUUGUUCGACUACGAGAACGGCGCUCAGCGGGCGGUGGGAGAAUGCCUGGUUGGCGUGGCACCGAGCACAAUUUAUAUGAACCCCAAAAGAAUUUGCGUUCACAAGGCUCAGGAUGGUGAGGCAAUUGUGAACGAUACCGAGGCUUCAUUCAACUGUUGUGAGAUAGAGGCAGGAUCUGAGCUAGAGCACGAUCAUGGUGAGGAGCAUGGGUGGUUUUGUUAUACUUUGGAGGGUUACAUGUCAUGGUGGCACUGGGCGGAUGGACACUCUAACUUUAGUAUUGCUGGUGCAACGGCGAUACCUAGGAGUCAUACUGUGUUUGUUGAGGGGAUUGAAGCGAGCGGUAUCGACCCGUCAGGGAAUGAUGAUUAA